ACCGAUCCCCCCACUUGUGGACAUUUAAGUUGUUUCCCGUCUUUUGUCAUUGCAAACGUGCUGCCUUUAAGAAUCCUGAACUUCGAUUAUUUUGCUCAUGGGCCAGCAUAUCUGCAGGAUAAAAUCCUACAAGUAGAAUUUCUGGGUCAAAGAGUCUGUGUGUUUGCCAUCUUGGUAUCUACCGUCAGAAGGGCCUCCGCAGAGGUGGUGCCCAUUUCCCCACAGCAUUGUGUGCAUUGUGUGUUAACAGAUGCUUUGAGUUUUGUCAUCUGGUCGGUGAUGAGUGCUAUCUCAGGGUGGUUUGACUUUGCAUUUCUCUCGCUUUAAAAAAAAAAUCAUUUAUUUAAAAAAAAAUACACAUAUCUCUCUCUUAACCACUUGCAAGCAUGCAGUUCCGUGGUGUUAAGUACAUUCACAUUAUUGUGGAACCACACUUCUCUUACUUUUAAGUCAUAAAACUUCAGGAUGCCAAUUUAGGGCUAGGCCCAGCUUGGGGGAGCCUCCAAGGCCCUCCCUCGUGGUGGGGGACACAGAAGUGUAAACAGGCGGGAGCACUGAGCCUAAGGGAGCACAUUGGAAACUAGGGGAUGGUGUGGGGAUGCUCCAGGAAGGCUUCUAGAAACAGGUGACCCAGGAUGACCCCCUGAAGGAAGGGAAGCUCUUCCAGGCCUGGGAGGUCCAGGGAGCCAAGGUCCAGAGGCCUCGGGGGAUCCAGGUGUGUUCUAGGAACUACAACGAAACUUCCUGCCAGACAGCCCGGGAUCGGAUCGGAGAAGGCCACUGUGAGGACUCUGUCUUGGGGGGACAGAGAGUUUGGGACAAAGAAGAGCAAGGAUCCCAGGCUGGAGUUUAACAGGCGCAUGGCGGGGUUCAGGUGGGAAAGGGCAGACGGGUGAGGGACCUAACUGCAGGGCUCCGGGGCAUUCAGAAAGAAGUCCGACGCCCCUCCCCACCUGAUGAACACAAUUGGAGAUGGCAGGGGGUGGGGUGAGGGAGGGUGGAUUCCCAAGGGUCUGCCAUUCCUGAGGAGGGGACCUGGGCCCUUGGGGUCUGGGUUGGGCCACAGGAGAGACGACUGAACGGCUACAGAGAAGAGGCGUGUCCUCUUCUCGGACCCGUCCCCUCCCUCUGACUGUGAGGUUCCCCAGCAGGGCUCGGAGACCCCCAUAUCCCAGACCGGCGUGCCCGGGAGGAUCCGAUCCCCGCCGCCUGCCCACCCCGGGAUCACUGCGGAUCUCUAAGCCCCGCCCCUAAGGACAGGGGGAGGGGAAGGCCCGACAACCUACUCCCUCCCCCGCGCCCUCUCCGUGGGGGAGGGGCGUGAGGAUGCGCUGGGGGCGGGGGGGAGGAGGAGGGGGGGAGGAGGGGGGGAGGAGCGGCGUCGCCAUGGCAACCAGGCGGGUGGUCCGGCCCGGCACACCCGGGAGGGAAGCGAGAGGACAGCGGAGGAGGGAGGCGCCGCGGGCUCGGCGCGGGGGCAGGGGCGGGGGGCCCGGGGUCUCCGGGGAGUUGGGGAACACCGGGCAAUUCUGGCUGCUGAUUCCCGGUGGCGCAGGGAGCCCGGGUGUCUGCGAGUGUGUGCAUGCGAAGUUCUCCGGGUUGGGUUAGUGCAUGUGUGCGAGCGUGCGCACGUGGGCGCAGGCGUGUGCGCGGGAGUGCCUGUGGGUGGGUGGGUGGGUGGGUGUGUGUGCCCUCGCGUGCCGCCCGGACUGUGCCCGGCGGGCGCUGGCGGGAGAGUCCCGUCCCCCUCCCCAGCCUCCCGCCGCCCCUCCCCGCCCCCCGCCGCCUGCGCCGGCUGCUUCCUCGCCUCCACCUCGCUCACCCCCUCCUCCCGCACUUUCUCCUGCUCUCCCUCCCUCCCUCUUCGGCUCUCCGUGCCGGACUCCGCGCUCUUCUCGCUGGCCGCCGCGGGAGUCGCCGGCCGCCACCGCCCAGCCUGCACCUGCCGUCCCCCCAGUGCCUGGGCACCUGUUGGAGGCAGACACAGACACAGACACAGCCCAGGGUGCUUGCUGCAUGAGGGCCCGCAGAGGUGACCGCAUGACCAUCAACAUCCAGGAGCACAUGGCCAUCAACGUGUGCCCCGGGCCCAUCCGGCCCAUCAGGCAGAUCUCAGACUACUUCCCCCGCCUGGGACCAGGACCUGAAGGCGGGGGCAGGGAUUUCAGGGAGGCCCCUGCCCGCCUUGCGCCUCUGGCUCUGGCCCCGCCUGCAGCCCUUCUUGGGGCCACCACGCCCGAGGACGGAGCCGAGGUGGACAGCUACGACUCGGAUGAUACCACCGCGCUGGGCAUGCUGGAGUUUGACCUUCUCUAUGACCAGGCCUCCUGCACCCUCCACUGUAGCAUCCUUAGAGCCAAGGGCCUCAAGCCCAUGGAUUUCAAUGGUCUGGCCGACCCCUAUGUCAAGCUGCACCUGCUGCCUGGGGCCUGCAAGGCCAAUAAGCUCAAAACAAAGACUCAGAGGAACACGCUGAAUCCCGUGUGGAACGAGGAUCUGACAUACAGUGGGAUCACAGACCAGGACAUCACCCACAAGGUGCUCAGGAUCUCCGUCUGUGACGAGGACAAGCUGAGCCACAACGAAUUCAUAGGGGAGAUCCGAGUGCCCCUCCGUCGCCUCAAGCCUUCGCAGAAGAAACAUUUUAACAUCUGCCUUGAGCGCCAGGUCCCGCUGGCUUCCCCAUCCUCCAUGUCGGCGGCUCUGAGGGGUAUCUCCUGCUACCUGAAGGAGCUGGAGCAGGCCGAGCAGGGGCCCGGGCUGCUGGAAGAGCGCGGCCGCAUCCUGCUGAGUCUCAGCUAUAGCUCUCGGCGCCGGGGGCUGCUGGUGGGCAUCGUGCGCUGCGCCCACCUGGCCGCCAUGGACGUCAACGGCUACUCGGACCCCUAUGUCAAGACGUACCUGAGGCCUGACGUGGAUAAGAAAUCCAAGCACAAAACGUGUGUGAAGAAGAAGACUCUCAAUCCAGAAUUUAAUGAGGACUUCUUCUACGAGAUGGAGCUCUCCGCUCUGGCCACCAAGACCCUGGAAGUCACAGUCUGGGACUAUGACAUCGGAAAGUCCAACGACUUCAUCGGCGGCGUGUCCCUGGGGCCCGGGGCCCGGGGCGAGGCCCGGAAGCACUGGAGUGACUGUUUGCAGCAGCCCGAUGCAGCCCUGGAGCGCUGGCACACCCUGACCAGCGAGCUGCCCCCUGCCGCUGGGGCCCUGCCCUCCGCCUCCGCCUGAGCGCAUGGCCCCCGCCGGGCACGGUCCCCCUGGGGCCGGAACCCCACGUUCGCACGAGUGUGUUGCACGUUUACACGGGGUGGACGCCCCGCCCCCCACUACCUGUCUUAUUUUUGUGAGAGUCUGCGUGACCGUGGGUCUGUCUUUCUUGUGAGGGACCGCGGCGGCCCGUGUUCACACACGCAAACUUCCUCCUGCCUAACUCGCUGCCACGCAAAUACGCAGACACCCUUCCCGUGUGCGCCCGAAGGGGGCUGCUGUGCCUCCCUCCUGCCUCUCCAGGCUGCCCCGACCCCCCCCCGGGAGGAGGUCGGAUUCGGGGGGGUUCGGAGGGGGAGACAGUCUCCAAAAAAGAGAAGGACAAAAAAACCCACAAAAAACAAAAACACAAAAAAAGAGCCACUCCUUUAAUACAGAACCCUCGGUAAAAACCAACCAACCUAGCCCUGUACAGCUGCCCUUUUAAAUAGGGAGACCACCGCGGGCUCUCUGCCUGUCCCAGAGUGGGCAGAUGCUCGUGGCCACUCCUUUAAAGAACUGUCCCCUGGCUGGGGCCGGGAUGGGAGGGCAGGGCCUCUGCCCUGCCCCACAGGGACCCACCUCUCUGUGGGGGGAGGGGAACGAUAUUCGUGCAUGUUUACGCCUCUUCUGAUCGUGUCAGCGGCCACGGCAUGGCAACUGGGCGCCAAUAAACGUCUCUGCGGAA